UGAGUUUCCUUUUCCCAGUGCUUCCCUUUGGCAGCGGUGAGGAUCAAGAAGCAGGGGUUAGGUUCUGAGGAUGGGGCUGCCUUUGGGUUCUCCGGUUGCUCCUCACUGCAGAGCUGGGCACAGGGACAGCUCCGGGCUUUCUCUCCCUAGAGCCCAAGCCCCAGUGCCGCAGCCCAGCAGGACCCAGGAGCCAGCCCCAUCUCCUGCCAGAGCAUCCCUUCAGCCCCAAGCAGUGAGUGACAUGCGGAAGCCCUGAGCCCUCUCCCACCGUUGCUGGGGCACCAUGGACACGGGCGCCGUGCAGCCGCAGGAGGCUUUGCUGACAGUCAACGAGCAGGUCAUUGUCAUGUCCGGCCAUGAAACCAUCCGCGUGCUGGAGGUCGGCGUGGACGCCCCGCUCCCGGCCGAGGAGGACCCCAAAGCCUUGGAGGUGCCCCCAGGGGAGGUAGCGGGGGGCUCCCCGGGACGGAGCAGCCACCCCGGCAGUGAGGACGUCCCCGGCAGCACCCAGAGCUCCGGCAGCGGGGAGGCACCCGGCAAAGCCAAGCCAGUGGCUGGAGCAUCCCCCAGCACCGUCCCCUCCGCUGGCACAUUCAACCACGGCCCAAGCCAGCAGCCGCAGCCGCUGGCCCCGCUGGCCCCACAGGUCUUGACUCAGGAAAACUUAGCAACAGUUGUGACAGGAGUAAUGGUUCCCGCAGGGACAGUUACUCAACCUCUUCUUAUCCCCAUCAGUAUUGCAGGUCAAGUGGCAGGUCAGCAGGGGCUGGCUGUGUGGACAUUUCCUACAGCAACGGUCGCUGCCCUCCCCGGAUUGACGGCUGCUUCUCCUACAGGGGGGAUAUUCAAAGCACCCAUAGCCAGUGUGCAAGCCGCCGCCGUGCUCAACACAUCCAUGGCAGCCCCGGUGCCACCGGCCCAGGCACUGCCGGCUGCGGGCCAGCCCCGCGCCCCGCUCCAGCCCCCCGCUGUGUUCGCCCCCAGCCCCGGCCAGCCCCCCAUCCUGCCACAGCCCAGCGCUGCGCCCGCGCCGCCCGGCCCCCAGACCCACAUCGCUGUGCAGCCCGCCGGAUUCGCCUUUAACCCUGCCAUACUCAGCGCGGCGCCACUCGGGGCUCAGCCCCAGCUCCUGGGCUCCUUGGCCGCCACCCCCGUCAUCGCCAACGCCAUCCCCAGCGUGCAGGGCAUCACGGGCCAGAUCCUCACCAACGCCCAGGGCCAGGUCAUCGGGACGCUGCCGUGGGUGGUGAAUCCCCCCGGGCUGGCGGCCCCGGCCCCGGCCCCGGCCCCGAGCCUGCACGUGCAGACGGUGACGCCGCAGCUGCUGCUCAAUGCCCAGGGCCAGGUCAUCGCCACCCUGGCCGGCAGCACCCUGCAGGCGCCCGGCGCCAAGAAAACCGGCACCCCCGAGCCCCCGGCCCGCACCGAGGUCCAGCCCAUCCAGCCGGCCCCAGCUCUCACCCAGUCAGCUGUGGUGAUCCCAAACCCUGCCCCGGCAGCCAAGGCUUCCUCCGUGCCUGUCCCCAUCACCUGCUCCGAGACCCCCACCGUCAGCCAGCUGGUGUCCAAGCCCCCGGCUCCCAACAGCAGCACGGAGGAGGACGGGAUCAACCUGGAGGAGAUCCGGGAAUUCGCCAAGAACUUCAAGAUCCGGCGCUUGUCCCUCGGGCUGACGCAGACGCAGGUGGGACAGGCCCUGACGGCCACCGAGGGUCCUGCCUACAGCCAGUCGGCCAUCUGCAGGUUCGAGAAGCUCGACAUCACCCCCAAGAGCGCGCAGAAGCUGAAGCCGGUGCUGGAGAAGUGGCUGAGCGAGGCCGAGCUCCGCAACCAGGAGGGGCAGCAGAACCUGAUGGAGUUCGUCGGGGGGGAGCCCUCCAAGAAGCGGAAGCGCCGCACGUCCUUCACCCCGCAGGCCAUCGAGGCGCUCAACGCCUACUUCGAGAAGAACGCGCUGCCCACGGGCCAGGAGAUCACCGAGAUCGCCAAAGAGCUCAACUACGACCGCGAGGUCGUGCGGGUCUGGUUCUGCAACCGGCGGCAGACGCUCAAGAACACGAGCAAACUGAACGUCUUCCAGAUCCCCUGAGCCGGGCAUCGCUUGCACCCCCACAUCGCUCCCCAUUACCCCCAGCUAUCAAAGCACUUUCUGCCCC